UCUGGGAGAAGAAGGCGUAACGUCACAUCCGCGUACCACAGCCGAAGGUGAUCAGGACACGGCGUUGAUUUCAGCAAUGUUGCGCCUCAUCACCGCAUCAUUGUGCCUUCAAUGUCACCGUGUGACAUUUUUACCUUCAAGCUUCAGACCAUGUGUGACCCUCAGCUCAGCAGAGAACCAACAGACCGUGGAGGCUCUGUAUGAUCUCUCUGUUGACAUCCAAAAGGUGAGAAAGCUUAAAAGCUGGGUCUUGCAUCAGAAUCCCGCAUACACAAAGGAGGUUGCAGAUUUAUUAAAAGGCCUGGGUGCCUCAGGGAGCAUCAUCUCUCAAAUCUUAACGGAUUACCCGGAGGCUGUUCUCUGCAAUCCAGACCAAACACUUGCACAGAAAGAGCUCUGGACAUCAGUGUGUCCCAACCGGAAAGAGCUGGUUCGUAUCAUAGAAAAAUUCCCAGCCUCCUUUUUCACCUCCUCAAGUCACCAUGACAACCAGCGCAACAACAUCACUUAUCUUCAGAGCUUAAACCUCAACAAGCGCAUGAUCACCAAGCUCAUGGCCAGUGCCCCGCAAAGCUUCAGCCGUCCAGUGGAGCAGAACAAGGACAUGGUUUGCACCCUCCAACAGACCUACCGGGAUCUGGGAGGAGAUGAGGCCAACAUGAAGGUCUGGCUUCAGAAGCUGCUGAGCCAGAACCCCUUUGUGCUCCUCAAACCGCCUGAAGUGUUGAGGCAGAACAUGCUCUUCCUGCAAGACAGAGGUUUCAGCACAGCAGAGCUCCUCUACCUCCUCUCCAAAUUGAAGGGCUUUGUUAUCGAGCUGAACCCGGACAGCAUGCAUCGCACCCUGAAUUACUCCCAGGACAUCUUGGGCUGCUCCGAGACAGAACUGCGAGACAUUAUUGUCAGCUGUCCGGCAUUACUUUACUAUCCUGAAGAUACUCUGGCUGAGCGCUUCCAGGGGCUCCUCCGGGCCGGAAUCAGCAUGCAUCAAAUUAUUCAAACGCCGACUGUGCUGGAACUGACAACACAAAUAGUUAAUUAUCGCAUCCAGAGAUUGAAGUCACGUGGUUAUGACGUCAGGACUGCUAGUCUGGAUGUUCUUAAUGGAACUAAGAAGGAUUUUGAGGUGAGCUUUGGGAAACUACAGCUAUGCAGUGCGAGACCACUGUUUAACCCUGUUGCUCCUUUAAAAGGAGAUGACUGAUGCACAUGUAACGCACACUAAAAACAAACAUGAGUUAAACUUGAAAUGAAUUAAACUUUGAAUGCCAACAUGUUCUCAUCAAA